ACCUCUGCAUCCUCGCACAUGCGCUUUGGGCAAUCUACCGGAGCGCGAGGACGGGUAGGAGAGCAGUCCUAAUGGCGGAGAACGUACGGUCGCCUUUUGACUACCGGGAGCCACCGACCCUCGACAGUGACGGGGAUGGGAGCAAACCGCCACCGCCGCAGCCCCGGGGGCGGGUGUGUGGGAGAAAAAGGAAGGGUACACCUGUGAAGGUGUGUGACCAGGCCUACGUGACCGAGGAUGAAGAGGAGGAAAGUCUGUCUGAACACAGCUACAGUCCGGGUGGUGGGCAGUACCCAGAGGGAGCGGAGGACAGACUGCCUCCACCCGGAAGCCCUUACUACCUUGCUGACCCCUCCCAGCUCUGCGUGUCGGAGCUGGGUGAGGAGGGGGCGAGUGGUGUCCGGGGGCCAGUGCUCUUCCACCCCCCUCCCAACUGCAGAAUCCGAGAGGUGCACUGUGGAAGCCAGGUGCGACUGGUUGUUAUAGCGAUCCAUGACAUCGCCAAAGGGGAGGAGAUCACGGUGGACUACAGCCUGACGGACUGGGGAGAGAACGCCAUGGGAUUCCAUAGCUCUGUGUCUUCGCGAGGGUUUGACUGCAGCUUUAACCCAGACAAUAACAUUAAGAAGGAGGAAGAGCCCGGCCCCCACCCUCUGUCUCUCUCUGACUACCUCACCCCCUCCUGGUCCCUCUCCCCUUCCUCCUCCCCGCUCACCCACUCUGAGCCCAGCGACUCAGACCGAGAAGAAGAUGACGAUGAUGAUGAAGAAGAAGAGAUGGAGGAGCUGAGGGGCCGUAUGCUCAGUCGCCGAAAGAAGCGCAAGAUAGCUGUCACGGUCACCACCAAGAAGAACAGCGCCGCUAAUCCUAGGGUGGGACCCGGCCACCCCUGCUCGUUGUUAUCCUCCCGAUUGGCUGCCUCCCAGACCCAGUCUCAGGCCGCCACUACCCUGGCGCCCCCCACCACCAAUAUCAACAACAACAUCAACAUAAACAUUGGCAGCUCCAGCGGGGCUACUGUCAGCCGACGGCAGGACUGUUCCUACUGCGGCCGCCACUACCGUUCGCUGGCGCGCCACCUGGAGAAACACCAUGCCAACCAGCCAAAGGUCAGGGCGGCCAUGGAUCUAGCCACACGCCACACACACGCCUCCUCUACCUCCUCCCAUCCUCACUCCUCCACCACCACCUCUCAUGGCCAUACCUUCGCCUCCCCCCAGCCCUCCUCAUCCUCUGCUCCUACCCCUCCCCCUCCUUUCUCCAGGGAGAGAGAGAGGGAUGCGCCGGCCACUCGAAGUUCCUCGGGGGCGGUCUCCUUUUCGCUCUCACUGUCUUCUCAGUCGGCUGUGGCCAAGAAAGGCUCCAACUUAUCGGUGCAGACACCAAAGCAAUGCUUCGCCCCUGCAGUGGCACCGGUUAAAAGUCUGCCCACACCAGCCAGGAGGGGCCGUAGGCCGAAGAGAGCAAAGGAGGAGCAGCAGAAAACAGAGGAGUGCUUCAGGAGCAAGGAGGAAGAGAUACCUCCACGUUCUACCCCCAAGCCGGAGGAAGAAGAGCCGGGUGAGGAGCUGGAGCUGUGUGGAGCUGGGGAAGGGGAUAGUCCUGAGAAUAAGAGUGUCGAGAUGGCUAGCUCUCACAGACAUCACAUGCCCCCUCUCCUAUCCUCCCUCUCCUGCCUGGUACUCUUCCUCCGCCGGCAGCAACACUCUUCCUUCUUGUCCCUAUCUCGCUCCCCCAGUUCGGCCGAGGCCUGGCGCCUACUUUGCCACUCCAGCCUGGCGCUACUUAUCCUCUACAACCGGCACCGUGAGUGCGAAGUGGCCAAGCUCACCACCCAGGACUACCACAACCGCACCACCACACCGAGCCCAACCCAGGCGAACUUGGCCAACGACCCCCCCACUGGCCUAGAGGCCAUCCUCUCCCCCUUCGAGCACCAGGUGCUUUGCCACCUCCCCCGGGCAGGUGUGCUGGGUAAGCGGGGGCGUAUCCAACCCCUCAUCCUGCCCCCGCACUGCGAGCCCUGCAUGGAGCUGCUCCUUCAGACCUCUGCCAAUGUAGGCGUGGACCCCCACAGCCCCUACGUCUUCUCCCGGCCCUUCCACUCGCCCGCCACCCCGCUCCGGGGCACCGACCUGCUGCGCAACCUGGCACGUGCCAGUGGCGCCAAGAAUCCCGGAGUGCUGACCCAAACGCGAGUGCGCCGGCAGGUGGCCAUCCUUACCCAGUUACUGUUCUUGGAGGAAGGUGAGGGGCAGGGCCUGCCGAGCGGGGCGGCUGGCAAGCGCCUCGAAGACUUCCUGCAGCGGGAGUACCACGUAACCCAGAGCUGCACCACGAUAGGCCGAGACCCUGCGUUGAUGGGACAUGUGGGCAGGGUGGUGCUUUAUGGGGAGCGGCAGGGCGUGCUGUUCAAGGGGAUGAGCCUGCAGCACAUUUGUAUGGAGCUGGAUGUGAUGUCGGGUAACUCUGCAGACUCCUUCUCAGGUGACUCGGAUGGGGAGGCAGAGAAGGUGGAGGUGGUGAAGAAGCGACCAGGUCGACCCCCCCGCAAGAAAAAAGGACCCCCUCCCUCUGUCAACCCUCCGCUCCCUGGUGCCCACAAAAGGAGAAGCAUCCAGCCCAAGUCCGGGAAGCGUGGGGUGCUGAAGAGGCCCUGGUCGGAGGCGGAGCGAGUCGCCGUGGAGACGCACCUGAAGAGGAACAUCAUGGAAUUGCGCGUGCCAGCCAAGGCAGACUGCGAGCGCUGCUUGCAACUCUGCCCUCUGCUGGUCAGCAACCAGCGCGACUGGAGGGCCAUCAAGUUUUACUGCCACAACCGCAUCCAGCUACUGAAGAAACAAGGCCGGAAGGAGAGUGCAGGACAAGGGGCACUCUGUUAGAUAGGGAUGGGGAGAGAGAGAGAGAGAGAGAGAGAGAGAGAAAGGAAGUGCGAGAUGUGAGAGGUCGAGAACCGACUGCUACGAUCUGGAGUGACCUGAUUCUGGUCCUGGCGAAGUAAGCGCAGUCUACUGGUUUUCUACUGAAUUAACCUGACCUCCGACUUAAUUUUAAAGACUCGUACCUGGGACUAGGAGUUCAAUAUUAGUCCAUAUCUGUAUUGUUGACUUCAAGAGUUAACGAUAAUUAAUUGAAAUUAGUUGAAAUGUCUCCUGUAACCUGGAGCCAUAUCCACAAAGUGUCUCAAAAGGCCCAAGGAAUCCUGUUAAAAGCUUUUGUUAGAAAACUCCUAGCUCAGAGUAGGUUUUAGGAUGUUAAGUCACUGCUCUGACAAACUCAAUGUCUUAUCUUGUUAUUACGACAGUUUGAGGUACUGCAAAGGAAAGAUAGUGAUGGCGCUUUUUGACGUUGUUGCAAAUGAUUAAUCGUUAUGAGGCAUUGCCAGCUGUGAACUCAAUAGCACGCUUCAGACGUGACUGUAUGUUGCAAUAGUGUAGUGUUUGACAUCAUUUUUGCCUAAUAUGUUGGCAUGCGAAAUAUAUAUAUUUUUUACCAACUCUGAUGGUUGUUCAAAUCUAAUUAGCAUAAUAAAGAAAUACCCAUCAAAUUCUGUUUUUUUUUUACGGUAAUGAGCAGUUUGAUGUCGCCCUUCCACAGUGAAAGGUGGCAGAGCUAAAGCAGUGUUUGUCUUGCCGUGAGACAUCCCGAAAGUCGUUCUUUUCACAAACGUCUGUAGCGUAUUAUGACCCCCCCAUGUCGAUUUUAGGUGCGACUCAUCACUAAAGAGGCUUCAUGCAAAGCUUUUAUUUUUUCCCAUAUGGUCGUUGAAUUCCAUAUGAAUUCACUUUCUGCACCCCUUUAGAAUUGAACGAAACCUUCCGAACUUGUUUGUCCAUGGUAGAAGUUGUCUGAAAGUGACUUUGGACCUGAAUGCCAAAACAUUCAGGAGAUAGUUGUGCAAAGUUGACCCAUUUUGCAUUUCCCACCCUACCGUAAGACAUCCAUGUCUUUAUGACUGAAAAAGUAUAACUGUUCUGAGUUUGAUGUCAUUUGAAAGUUUUCAAACAGGGUUGCCAAACUAUUUGAUACUUUUUCCCAAUAUACAUAUAUGUACACACACACACACAGUACCAGUCAAAAUUUUGGACACCUACUCAUUCAAGGGUUUCUAUUUAUUUUUUACUAUUUUCUACAUUGUAGAAUAAAAGUGAAGACAUCAACACUAUGGAAUCAUGUAGUAAUCAUGAAGGUGUUAAUCAAAUCAAAAUAUAUUUGAUAUUCUUCAAAGUAGUCACCCUUUGCCUUGAUGAAAGCUUUGCACACUCUUGGUAUUCUCUUAAUGAGUAGGUGUGUCCCAACUUUUGACUGGUACUGUAUAUAUACAGUGCAUUUGGGAAAGUAUUCAGACCUCUUGACUUUUUGCACAUUUACAGCCUUAUUCUAAAAUGUAUUAAAUAGUUUUUUCCCCCCUCAUCAAUCUACACACAAUACCCCAUAAUGACGAAGCCAAAAAGGUUUUCAGAAAUUUUGCACAUUUAUAAAAAAAUAUAUACAGUGGGGCAAAAAAGUAUUUAGUCAGCAACCAAUUGUGCAAGUUCUCUGAUGUUCAACAAUAACAUAUUCUGUCAGAAUGUAAACGUUCUACGUUCCCCUCUCCUCCCUCUGUGAUAUGAAUAAGAAUAUCAAAUCAAAUGUUAUGUUUUGCAGAUGUUAAUGCGAGUGUAGCGAAAUGCUUGUGCUUCUAGUUCCGACAAUGCAGUAAUAACCAACAAGUAAUCUAACCUAACAAUUACUUUAUACACACAAGUGUAAAGAGAUGAAGAAUAUGUACAUAAAUAUAUAUAUAUAUAUAUUUUCACCUUUAUUUAACCAGGUAGGCUAGUUGAGAACAAGUUCUUAUUUGCAACUGCGACCUGGCCAAGAUAAAGCAUAGCAGUGUGAACAGACAACACAUGGAGUAAACAAUUAACAAGUCAAUAACACAGUAGAAAAAAAGGUAGUCUAUAUACAAUGUGUGCAAAAGGCAUGAGGAGGUAGGCGAAUAAUUACAAUUUUGCAGAUUAACACUGGAGUGAUAAAUGAUCAGAUGGUCAUGUACAGGUAGAGAUAUUGGUGUGCAAAAGAGCAGAAAAGUAAAUAAAUAAAAACAGAGCAGUUGGAGGCAACGGAAGGAGUGUUGUAUGGCAUUGAAGCUCGUUUGGAGGUUUAGAUAGCACAGUGUCCAAGGACGGGCCGGAAGUAUAUAGAAUGGUGUCGUCUGCGUAGAGGUGGAUCAGGGAAUCGCCCGCAGCAAGAGCAACAUCAUUGAUAUAUACAGAGAAAGGGCAGGAUGGAUAUAGGUCUGUAACAGUUUGGGUCCAGGGUGUCUCCCCCUUUGAAGAGGGGGAGGACUGCGGCAGCUUUCCAAUCCUUGGGGAUCUCAGACGAUAUGAAAGAGAGGUUGAACAGGCUGGUAAUAGGGGUUGCGACAAUGGCGGCGGAUAGUUUCAGAAAUAGAGGGUCCAGAUUGCCAAGCCCAGCUGAUUUGUACGGGUCCGGGUUUUGCAGCUCUUUCAGAACAUCUGCUAUCUGGAUUUGAGUAAAGGAGAACCUGGAGAGGCUUGGGCGAGUAGCUGCGGGUGGGCCGGAGCUGUUGGCCGAGGUUGGAGUAGCCAGGCGGAAGGCAUGGCCAGUCGUUGAGAAAUGCUUGUUGAAGUUUUCGAUAAUCAUGGAUUUAUCGGUGGUGACCGUGUUACCUAGCCUCAGUGCAGUUGGCAGACUAAUAUGUAACGCUGUAUUCACUCCGCCGCCGAGAGCGCUGGGGAGAGGGCAAACUCCACUGAACUAGUUUGAAUGUAUGGAAUCAUUUGGGAUUUUCUGUAUUUUGGGUCAACUUCUCUUUUAAUGUCAAUUAUCAAAAAAUGUGUCAACUCAUUUUCACAUGUAGCUUAGACCCUCCUAUGUUACAUAGUGUUUGUGUUGUCUCAACCGAUUUAGUGCACAUCAUUCUCAUGAAUACAGGGUGGGUGUAAUUUCAAUCAUAACCAGGAUUCAUAGAAUGGACCUAUCCCUUCAGUUCACUGCCAUUUAGCUGGUACACAAUUGAAAUUGCAUUUAUCAAGUUACUACCUGAAAGAUGUAUACAGCUUUCCAUACAUGCUUGCCCAUGGUAUUAGUGAUCAGAAAGUGUCAAACUAAUAAUUUCUGGAAAAAUACCUUAAUAGAAAAGGUAUUUUUUACCUUUUAACAUAAACCUUUUAACAUAAAGGUAAAAACAUACAUAAUUUCUCAAAAUAUGUUAAUACAAAUAAUUAGUUUGACAACCCUUUUUUAUAAGCUUUCAAAUUCAACCAUUUAUCUUUUUCAGUGAUGACAUAGAUGUUUUCAUGGUCGGGAAUGCAAAAUGGGUCAACUUUGAGCACCUCUAUCUCCAGAAUGUUUUGUCAUUCAGGCCCAAAAAUCACUUUCUGACCACUUCUACAAUGGGCAAGCUUGUAUGGAGGGUUUCAUUCCAAUCAAAGGGGAUGCAGUCAGAAAGUGAUUGAGAUUAUAUGGAACAACCCCAUAAGAGUAGGAGUAAAAUGUCUCUUUUCGGUACUUAAGACCAAUUUUCUACUCUGACGCUUUAUGGAUACAGGCCCUGGAUUGGGAAUCAUUGGUCCUAGAAGUGUGGAAGAGUAUCCGAGUUUUAAAGACCCAAUUUCAAUGUGAUGGGACAUGACGGAGAAAGAACUGAGAAAGUGAGUGAGGUUCAGGAUUGGAGAAUGUUUGGAAGUCUAGCAUCCACCUUCACUGAAAGCUGAAGACGAAACGUGAAUGUUAGGUUGUCUUUACAAAGAUGGAAGAAGAAACAUUAUGUUUUUAACCCAUAAGAGCCACCCUAGAAUUAGCCUACAUGUCAUAUGGACUGGGACACCUAUGAACUGUAAAAUGUUUGUUUGAUAUCGAUAACUGACUGGCGUGGACCCCAACCAUUGCUUUCAUGGUCAACUGUAUUGAUCAAAGUAUUGGACCGUGAUGCACCAGUGAACUUGUUCACAUGUACCUUUGUACCCCGUUCUUAGUCAUACUAGUAUGAAACAUGGCACUCAUUGUUCAAAUUGUUUAUAAUGUUAUUUAUUUUUAUUUUAUUAAACUAUCAUAUGGUCUUA